CAUAGCCACCACAGCACUUGGGGCGUGCGUGUUGAGACGCUCGAGCUACUGUCGGCAGGGCUUGACGCUGAAUAUUGUGCUCGUUGUUGGCCGUCGAACGCACCGACCCCACUGCCAAACAGUAUGUCGGCGUCCGGCGGCCCGAGUAUACCAUCGCUCGUAUGCGUCCCGGGCUCCCCAUAGUAUUACUCUCUUGUUGUACCACUUGCAAACAAUAAAAAAUAAGAAGAUAUAAACGCUAAAUUCUCACAUUUUUUCCGCCAAUAGUAUUAUUUGAAUCGAUUCUUAAUGUCGUUUAUAAGUACUCGUAGCGAGUUAAGUAUUUGAGUUGUAGUUAAUUUUAGAGAAGCACGGUUGUGCCCGCGCUUUCCGUUAAAAUAAGCACGGUCUUGGACGCUACUGCACCUCUAUACAGGAGACGGCAGUGUGUCAACACGGAGCGCUGAAGGUGGCUUCUAACGGCUGCGAGCCAGUGACAUCAAGCGCACGAUGAGACGCGAUGAGGUCCGCCAGCUCCGAACUGUUGCUGGACACCAAGCAGCAGCAGCUCCGCAAGAAGAAGCUGCUGGAAUUAGCGGCGGCCAAAAAGCAGAAACGUUGCAAGCAACGGACGAUCCGGGAAAAAUUAUGGUUUUACUCGACGCUGUCGUUCGCAAUGAUCGCCGUGGGCUCGGGAUCAGCACUACUGUUCCUGGUUCCUCUUUAUGUGGAUCCGGCAGUGUCUACUUUAUUAGCCGAUUUCGUUACCGAGCCUGUACAAUGCACGACGGUGCGUCGCGAGGAACUGACUGGGUUGUACAACUGCACGUGGAGCUCAUGCAGAGAGGGAUGCACCAGCGACGUGUACCGGUGCAAUCAUAUUUACGUGACUUAUCGGGAGGAAGAAAACGGCAAGAUGAUUCCCGAGGCUGUGCUAUUAGUCAACAUAAAGGGUUGUGGGUACCCUCCAGCAGUGUCUUGUACCAACUUCACCGGCGCGUACAGUCGGCCGGGUUCGACAUUUCCGUGUCACUAUUCCCGACAAAACCAUACACUGGUGGUAAGCGACUACGACCAGCGACAGCAGUACGCCGACAUUGUAAACUAUUUUGCCGUCCCGUUCACCGUGUGUGUCGUCACUUCGGUGAUUUUGUGUGUUAUGCACUGCGAUUGUCAAGAAAUUACAUCUGCCGGCGCCGGACAGGUAGACGCGAGCAGAAGUUUUACCGGUCAAUCUCAAAUCGAAGGUUACAGCGAUCAUUCUAUAAGUACUCGAGUAGAACGGUUAGACGAAGCAAUAUUGGAAGCAUCAAAAACGUUAGGCGAGCCAAGCGGAUUAUGACAAUACUUAGAGACGAGCUGCUGAGAGUGUAAUAUAUCGCCGUCAGCGCCAAUACGUGAAUGCUGUCAACGCCAUCACUGCCAUCAAACGCAUAUUCUUAUAUAGUGUGUGUUGUAAACAUGAUUACAAUCUGUAUGGUUCGAAUAACCUUCUAGUAUUUGUGCAAUAAUAUAUAUAUAUAUAUAUACUAAUGUAACAACUGCAACGAAACAUGUACAGUACACAAAAACAACUUUGUUAUGUUUUUUAAUUGUUUUUUUUUUAAUUUGUUGUGUAUGUGAAGUACAACUUAUACCAUGCAUUUAGUUUACUUGGUCUAAGAUGUAAAGUUAAUUGAAAAGAAUUAUAAUUUAAUAUUAUAGAGGUAUAAAUUACAUUAUGUUUACGAAUAAUAUGUGAACAAAUGAGCUUGCCUAUUUUGUACAACUGAAAUUCUACAAAAUCUAACGCACAUUUUCAUAACACGAGUAAUAAUUAUAGAAACAUAUUUGUUGCUAAAUUAUUACAUCAAAAAAUUAAUUUGUUAGUCAUAUUGGAUUGUUGAAACAAUAAUAUUUAUAGUAAAAAUAAAUAUAAAAUUAUCUGUUUACCAGUAACAUAGAAUAUGUAAAUUGUAUUUAGUCAUUUGCAGCCGCAAUCGCCAAAAUUAUAAAAAAUGGAUAUCAGAAUAUAUGCUAAAUUUUAAUUAUGUAUGUAUGACAAAAAUUUUCCAAAAAAAAAACAAAA